GAGGGAAAGGCUGAAUCUUCCUGUAACUACUUCCUGUUACUUCCUGCUUCCUGUGUCCCUGGGCUGCUGGGUAAGUUCUCCAGAGAUGGAAACAAGGAGGUUAGAGGGGAAAUGGGAGAAUGAAGAGCCGGACACUGAGGAUCCUCUGGACACAAUAAAGAGGGAAAUGGAUCCCGUUCCUGGGGCCGCUUCCCCAGAGCCACAACCAGAAAUAUUAGAGAUAAAGAUAAAGGAAGAAGAUGCUGAAGAUGAUCAGGACCCAGUGGAAAGUUCAUCAGUAGCAGUUAGUGUUGGGGGUGGGUACAUGAACCCUGAACUGCCCAAACCAGAGACUGACUCGGAGUCCGACACAAGAUAUGGCGACUGCUUAACAAGUUCUGAUGGAUCAGCUUUUACCUGCUGUAAAUGUGGAGAAACCUUCCCUGUGGAUCUUCUCUCCCACCUCUGUGAGACACAGGAGAGAAUUCCCACUGGUGUUGAACAUUUCACAUGCACGGAAUGUGGGAGACAUUGUACCGACCUGAGCACCCUUGAAAGGCACCAGAGAAGUCACAGCAGAAAGAAACCUUUCACGUGUACACAAUGUGGGAAGAGUUUUUCUCUGAAGCGCAAUCUCAUGAAGCACGAAAUGAGUCACAAGAACAAGCCGUUCGCAUGUAGUGAAUGCGAGAAAAGGUUUUCUGACAUGGAGAAGCUUCACCUGCACCAGGCAGUUCACACGGGGGAAAACUCUCUCACUUGCAAAGUAUGUGGGAAAUGUUUUUCUCGCAAGGACUAUCUGAAAAACCACGAGAGAAUUCACACAGGGGAGAAACCGUUCACUUGCACAGAAUGUGGCAAAAACUUCUCGUUCACCACUAGUUUUAUUCGGCACAUGAGGAUUCACACUGGGGAGAAACCGUAUUCAUGCGCCGACUGUGGGAAACAUUUCUCUGAGAAAAUGUACCUUCAGUUUCAUCGGAAAAACCCAUCAGAAUGUGAGGAAUAUGUCACUUUAAAGGCCACUCUUCAGAGCAACCAGAGUGUGGAGAAACCUUUCACUUGUACAGAAUGCGGGAAAUGUUUCUCUUUAAGCAGUUACCUCCAUAGACACCAGAGACUUCACACAGGGGACAGGCCAUUUUCUUGCGCAGAGUGCGGCAAAGCAUUCUCUGGAAAAAGGCAACUUCAGGAUCACCAAAAUACUCACACCGGAGAGAAACCGUUCACCUGCACGGAAUGUGGCAAAUGUUUUACUAGAAAGGGCAGCCUUCAAAUGCACCAGAAAAUUCACACCGGGGAGGAUCUAUUCACCUGUACAGAAUGCGGCAAAAGAUUUACCGCAAAGGCAAAACUUCGCUUGCACCAAAGAAUUCACACAGGGGUGAAACCAUUCACCUGCACAGAAUGUGGCAAAAGCUUUACAGAAAAGGGAAACCUUCGCAUACAUGAAAGAAUACACACCGGAGAGAAACCAUUCACCUGUACAGAAUGAUGACAAACAAGCUUGGGGGAACCUUAUAUUAGGGAUGCACCAAAUCCACUAUUUUGGAACCCCCAAAUCCGAAUCCUAAUUUUGUAUUUACAAAUUAGGGGUGGGAAGGGGAAAACAUUUUUUACUUCCUUGUUUUGUGACAAAAAGU